AUGUCGACAGCAACUAAGGGCUACCCCGAGCCUGGUAAUCCAUGCAUUGGAGAUCAAAAGGCUCCGAUUGUAAUCACUCUGGUCUUUGCGCUGGUUUUGGCACGGACUGUUGCUCUAAUCAUUUAUCGGCUUUACUUUUCUCCACUCUCCCAGUUCCCAGGGUCGAGGCUAGCAGCAAUAAGCGGUUGGCACGAGCUAUACUACGACUUGAUAGCCAAUGGUGGCGGCCAAUUCACUUUCGAGAUCAAGCGCAUGCAUGAGCGAUAUGGACCCAUUGUGAGGAUCAAUCCAGAUGAGCUGCAUAUUGACGACCCAGAGUUCUAUAAUGAAAUUAACUGUGGCGCAACGGCUGCGCAUCCUAUCGAUAAGAUUCGCAAGUUCAAAUAUCGCUUCAAUGUUCCUGAGGCGACAGUACACACUGUAUAUUCGGAACACCACCGCAUGCGUCGGGCUGCCAUAGCACCCUUCUUUUCGAAGCAGAGGAUAUUCAGUCGCAAUGGGCACCUCCAGCAAAUUGUGGAUCGUAUUUCUCAUAGGUUUGAUACUGAGUACAAGGGUACCGGAAAAGUGGUCAAUAUGAGCGACGUUUGGGCAACAAUGACUGCCGACGUUAUCACAGAGUUGGCUUUUGCGAGGUCGACAAACUUUUCUGCGGCGCCAGACUUCCAGUCGCCCUUCAGUAUGGCAAUGGCUAGCUCGGUGGGCUACGCCCAUUGGACCACACACUUCCGACCUUUCGUUGAGAUGAUGAACUGGAUCCCAGAUGGUAUCUUGGGAGUCAUAGUGCCCCCUUUUAAGCCCAUAUUGGAGUAUCGUCAAGCUAUAAGCAGACAGAUUCGAGACAUUCUUGCUGGGAAGAACAUGGAUGCAAAAGAAACUUCGCAUCCGACAAUUUUUCACGAUAUACUAGCUUCCGACCUGCCACCUGAAGAGUUAUCAUUUUCGAGACUGAGGCAGGAAGCUAUGAGCUUGAACGGGGCUGGCAUAGAAACUACGAUGUGGACUUUAACUGUAGGAACAUUCCACAUCAUAGAUAAUUCGGAUGUAUAUCAUAAACUCAAAGAUGAGCUUACGGAAUCUAUGCCCGAUCCAGAUGUGGUUUUAUCGUGGGUAGCGCUGGAGAAGCUACCAUAUCUCUCGGCCGUUGUACAGGAAAGUCUUCGUCUCGCGUUCGGCUCAGUCCAACGCCUGCCGCGUGUAAGCCGUUCAGAGCGUCUGACUUAUGGUUGCUGGACGAUACAGGCCAAUGUAUCUGUUUCAAUGGACGCGUACCAUAACCAUAUCAACCCCUUAUACUUCCCCAACCCUCUCAGUUUCGUUCCAGAACGAUGGCUGAACGAUCCAAAAGGCCCUGAUGGCUUACAGCCCUUAGGUAAUUAUAUGGUAUCAUUUAGCCGCGGGGCAAGAAAUUGCAUUGGUAUGAAUUUGGCACUUAUGGAGUUGUAUGUCUGUCUGGCUACAAUCUUUCGAAGGCACAAGCUUGAGUUAUAUGAAACGACUAGGGAGGACGUCGAUUUUAUUGUUGACUUGGUUAAACCUAUGCCAAAACAUGGAAGUAAAGGGGUACGUGUCUUAGUAAAGUGA